AUGCCGCCAUGGGACUCCAUCCGGUACUCUCAACUCGAAGUCAUUGCCUUCUGCGAAGCCCUCAAGAAAGAAGCAGUAUUUUUCUUUUCUGCGUCGGGAAAUCCAAAUCUGGCUCGCGAGGCUUUGCAAGAACCCCGCGUCAUGCGAUACGGCCACUCUGUCGGCCUGCCUCUCGCCAACAAUGGCCGACGCCGCACUCCACAACCUCAGCUCAAGCACGCUGUUCGGGUCGUCGCCGUCGUCACCGGGGGCGGGACGGGCAUCGGACUGAUGAUCGUGGGAACGCUGGUGGCGAACGGGGCGAGGGUGUACAUUAUCGGCCUGGAACGAGCAGAGCUGGACAAAAUCACGUCGGUGUACAACGACGCUGCGGAGAGGAGCGGAAAGUCGGGUCGCAUGUAUGCGAUCGAAGGAGACGUGAGCAAGAAGUCUGAAGCCAAGCGGCUGGCCGAGGAGCUCGCGAAGAGGGAGCCCCACAUCACCGUGCUCUUCAGCAACGCCGGCAUCACCGCCGGGCACGUCGACACGACCAACCUGACUACAGCCGACUCCUUCCGCAAGGCGUACUUCGACGACAUCCCCGAAGAGUCCUUCGCCCGCGUCUUCAGCACGAACGCGGUCGCGACCUACUGGCUCACCUUCGCCUUCCUCCCCCUCCUCGAGAGAUGGAAGGCGAGCCCGGGAGGCGCCGAUUUCGCGCCGCAGAUCAUCGUCACCUCCAGCAUGGUGGGCUGGGCGAAGGAUCCGGCGACGUGCGCGACCUCGUUCCCGUACAUGUUCUCCAAGUCCGCCGUCGGCCACGCGGUCGCGACGCUCGCGCACGCGCUCCUCCCGCUCGGCGUGCGCGUGAACGGGAUCGCGCCCGGGCUGUUCGCGACCGCGCUCACCGCGCCCGGCGGCGGCCCCGGCGCACGCGACGCCGCGGGCAACGCGCACUUCGCGCCGGGCGCGCCGCUCGCGUUCGACGUGCCGCUCGCGUGGGGACGAACGUGGACCUCGGCGCGCUCGUGCUCUGCCUGGUCGCGAACUGGGUGGCCGCAGAACCAAGUUGGUCCGCGGUAA